AUCCCGGUCGGAGGAGGAGGGCGGGCGAGCGCGAGUGUGUUUGUCCCUCUCGAGUCAUUUACGGCGGAGCAGCCGGCGCGAGCGCCGAGGAGGCGGCGACAGCGGCGGUUGCUGCUUCGUGCAACUGUGGCUCCCCCCACCUCCUCUUCCUUUUUGCUCCUCGAUUCUUUUUCUCCCCCCACACACGUCCAUGGGGAGCCGGCUCCCUUGCCGGCACCUCCUCUCCUCGCGGCCCCGUAGGCACCAGCUGCCGCUUCCCUGGCCGCAGGCUGCGCGGGUGCCGGCUGCCCUGGCCCCUGGCGCCGCGCCCGCCUCUCACCGCCCGCAGCCCGGACUGGCGCGGCGAUCCGCUCGCCCAAACUGACCCGAGAGAGCGGGAGCCGAUGCCCGGCAGCACCGAGACGACGGGCGAGCGGGCGUCCGGGGGCAGGGCGAGGGCGUCAGGGAGAAGGAGGCGUCGGAGACUCUGAACCCCAGAAAAGUUCAAGGUUUGUGCAGGUUCCCCCAGGCAAGGCGAGGAGCGAGGCAGGGCAGCGCGCCCCUCUGCUGAGACAGCGAGACCUGAGCGGAGAGCGAGGUGGCCCGAAGCUGCCGCGAACUGCCGGAGCCCCUCUGCAUCUUACAGCGUUUAUGGUCAUCAAGCUGGAGUCGACGCCCUGGGCGGGAAGGGCUCGGGGCAGGGCCAUUAGCCGGCUUUCUCGCUCCUUCGCUUCUCCAAGCUCCAUCUACAUGGGGCAGCCCGUUCUGGCCGCGCCACCCUUGCCCCAACCGCCGAGCGGCUGUCUGGGCAGGAGGCGCUGACCUGGCCUGUGUGGAACCCGGGCCCUGAUCCAGACUGGAGAAAGCGCGCUGGAGCCGAGGAGCGAGGCUCGCAGAGGGGACAAACAUCUGGCCGCCCGCCUCGGGCAUCCGGUCUGGGCGUCGCCUAGGGUGGUGGCGACCCGCGUCGCCAGUCUCAGCACCGCACGGAAACUUUUCCUUCUCCAGAUGGAUUAAAGUUCCCUGGAUUUUCUCUUUCUUUGAGAAAGACAGCAUUCAUUUGCACCUGACCUGGGAUUUUUACGCUGGGCUGCUGCAGGGGCUUGGAGGAAGACAGCGGCUCUAUCCAUGUGGGGUUACUAUCGAAACCGAGGAAACUGGGGCUUGCGUUGGAAGUCUGCACCCUCGAGUGAGUUCGGAUUCGAGCUGGGCCGUGGGGCCGGGAGAUUCAGCACUGGGCUCUAGGUAGCCUCCGGGACGCCCGCGGCCACCGGGCUCGGGACUGCACGUGCGGCUCCCCCCUCGCCUCGCAGAUCCUGCAGGGGGCACCAGCUGGGGGAGGUGGAGGCUCCUCCCGCCCGGAGCUGCGCCCCCACCGGCUCCGAGGGUGUAGCCGCCAGGGCCUGGGACGCCCCCUCCCCGCAAAGUGUCUCCAAAUUGCACUCUCUGGCCCCGGAGCUGCAUCUGAGACAGCCGGGCGCCACGGCCGCCCUGAGUUGGAUGUGACCAAGCCCAGCCUGGGGCCAAGUCGUCGUCGACUGUUGCCCUCUCGGACCCCUCCCGCCCCCGCCUGGGCCAUGGCCCCGGGGAUGUCGGGCCGCGGCGGCGCCGCCCUGCUCUGCCUCUCAGCGCUGCUCGCCCACGCCUCUGGCCGCUCCCACCCGGCCAGCCCCAGCCCGCCGGGGCCGCAGGCCAGCCCGGUACUGCCGGUCAGCUACCGCCUGUCGCACACGCGGCUGGCCUUCUUCCUGCGGGAGGCGCGGCCCCCGUCACCCGCGGUCGCCAACAGCUCCCUGCAGCGCUCCGAGCCCUUCGUGGUGUUCCAGACCAAGGAGCUGCCGGUCCUCAACGUCUCGCUGGGGCCCUUCAGCACCAGCCAGGUGGUGGCGCGGGAGCUCCUGCAGCCUUCCAGCACCCUGGACAUCCCCGAGCGCCUGACGGUGAACUGGAAGGUGCGGGCCUUCAUUGUCCGCCCGCGCGUGCCCGCCUCGCAGCCCGUGGCCCAAGUGCUGUUCUACGUGGCCGGCCGGGACUGGGACGACUUCGGCGUCACCGAGCGGCUACCCUGUGUCCGCCUGCACGCCUUCCGGGAUGCCCGGGAAGUCAAGAGCUCCUGCCGCCUCAGCGGGGGCCUGGCCACUUGUCUCGUGCGGGCCGAGCUGCCCCUGGCCUGGUUCGGGCCCCCAGCCCCGGCUGCGCCGCCCACAGCUCGCCGCAAGUCCCCGGACGGGCUGGAGCCCGAGGCGACAGGGGAGAGCCAGCAGGCCGAGCUCUACUACACGCUCCACGCCCCUGAUGCGUCGGGGGGCUGCGGGGGCUCCCGCCGUGGGGCCGGGCCCGGGGUGGGGGCCCGAGCAGAGAGCCCUACCCAGCACCCCCUGCUGCGCAUCGGGAGCAUCAGCCUGUUCCGCCCGCCCCCCAGGAGGACCCUGCAGGAGCACAGGCUGGACAGCAACCUGAUGAUCCGCUUGCCAGACCGGCCCCUCAAGCCCGGGGAAGUGCUCAGCAUCCUCCUCUAUCUGGCCCCCAAUUCCUCCUCGUCCUCCAGCCCCAGCGUGGAGCACUUUACACUCAGGGUAAAGGCCAAGAAGGGUGUGACCCUUUUAGGUACCAAGUCACGGAGUGGCCAGUGGCAUGUGACCUCGGAGCUGCUGACUGGGGCAAAGCACUCAACAGCCACCGUGGAUGUGACCUGGGCUCAGGGCACACCCCUGCCCCCCUGGGAGGGCCAGGGCCCCUUGGAGAUCCUGCAGCUGGACUUUGAAAUGGAGAACUUCACCAGCCAGUCGGUCAAGCGGAGGAUCAUGUGGCACAUUGACUACCGUGGCCACAGCGCCCUGCCUGACCUGGAGCGGGCAGUUACUGAGCUGACGGUCAUUCAGCGGGAUGUGCAAGCCAUUCUGCCCCUGGCCAUGGACACAGAGAUCAUCAACACGGCCAUUUUGACUGGCAGGACAGUGGCCAUCCCUGUCAAGGUCAUUGCCAUUGAGGUGAAUGGCCUCGUCCUAGACAUCUCUGCCCUAGUGGAAUGCGAGUCAGACAAUGAAGACAUCAUCAAGGUUUCCAGCAGCUGCGACUACGUGUUUGUGAGCGGAAAAGAGUCUCGAGGGUCCAUGAACGCCAGGGUCACCUUCCGCUACGACGUUCUCAAUGCCCCCCUGGAAAUGACAGUCUGGGUACCCAAGCUGCCCUUGCACAUUGAGCUCUCAGAUGCCCGCCUCAGCCAAGUGAAGGGCUGGAGGGUACCCAUCCUCCCCGACCGGAGGUCAGUCCGGGAAAGCGAGGACGAGGACGAGGAAGAGGAGGAGCGGCGGCAGAGUGCAAGCCGGGGCUGCACCCUGCAGUACCAGCAUGCCACCCUGCAGGUCUUCACCCAGUUCCACACGACAUCAUCCGAGGGCACUGACCAGGUGGUCACCAUGCUAGGCCCGGACUGGCUGGUGGAGGUCACUGACCUAGUCAGUGACUUCAUGCGGGUGGGCGACCCCCGAGUGGCACACAUGGUGGACAGCAGCACACUGGCAGGGCUGGAGCCAGGCACCACCCCCUUUAAGGUGGUGUCUCCGCUGACGGAGGCUGUGCUUGGGGAGACGCUGCUGACAGUGACGGAGGAGAAGGUCAGCAUCACACAGCUUCAGGCCCAGGUGGUGGCCAGCCUGGCCCUCUCCCUGCGGCCCAGCCCUGGGAGCAGCCACACCAUCCUAGCCACCACAGCUGCCCAGCAGACCCUGAGCUUCCUCAAGCAGGAAGCCCUACUGAGCCUCUGGCUCUCCUACAGUGAUGGCACCACAGCCCCACUCUCCCUCUACAGUCCCCGAGACUACGGACUGCUAGUGAGCAGCCUGGAUGAGCGUGUGGCCACUGUGACCCAGGACCGGGCCUUCCCUCUGGUAGUGGCUGAGGCCGAGGGGGCAGGGGAGCUGCUCCGCGCAGAGCUAACCAUCGCUGAGAGUUGCCAGAAAACCAGACGCAAGAGUGUGCUGGCCACGACCCCUGUGGGCCUGCGGGUGCACUUUGGGAGGGACGAGGAGGACCCCACUUAUGACUACCCGGGCCCCAGCCAACCAGGGCCUGGCGGGGGCGAGGACGAGGCCCGGGGAGCCGGCCCGCCAGGCUCUGCGCUACCCGCACCGGAGGCCCCAGGCCCAGGCACCGCCAGCCCCGUCAUGCCACCCACAGAAGACUUCCUGCCGCUGCCCACCGGCUUCCUGCAGAUGCCACGGGGUCUGACCGACCUGGAGAUUGGCAUGUACGCGCUGCUGGGCGUCUUUUGCCUCGCCAUCCUCGUCUUCCUCAUCAACUGCAUCGUUUUCGUGCUGCGCUACCGGCACAAGCGCAUCCCGCCCGAGGGCCAGACCAGCAUGGACCACUCUCACCACUGGGUGUUCCUGGGCAACGGGCAGCCGCUGCGAGUGCAAGGGGAGCUCUCGCCGCCGGCAGGCAACCCGCUGGAAACCGUGCCCGCCUGCUGCCACGGCGACCACCACAGCAGCGGCAGCUCUCAGACCAGCGUCCAGAGCCAGGUGCACGGCCGGGGCGACGGCUCCUCGGGCGGCUCAGCCCGGGACCAAGCCGAGGACCCCGCCAGCUCGCCCACCUCCAAGCGCAAGCGGGUCAAGUUCACCACCUUCACCACGCUGCCGUCAGAAGAGCUGGCCUAUGACUCGGUGCCCGCCGGCGAAGAGGACGAGGAGGAGGAAGAGGACCUGGGUUGGGGCUGCCCGGAUGUGGCGGGCACCACGCGGCCCACUGCACCCCCGGACCUGCACAAUUACAUGCGCAGAAUCAAAGAGAUUGCAUAGAGGCGCCAACCGGAGUAGCAGGGACUCCCCCAUCGGGGUCAGCUCGGGGUAGGACACAGCCGGGACCCCCCGGUUCACACGGACUCUGGGCGGCUGAAUUGAUUUUGUACUCCCGGCCCCUGCAGCUUGACUCGGUGCGGGUCGGGCCGCCUCGGUGUCUGGGCCUUCCCUCGCCUCACACCGUUACCCUCUUCUGCCCCCUGCAGGUGGAGGGCUCUUCCUCCAGUGGCUCGCAAGGAGGAAAGCAAGCCCAGCCUCUGUUAUACCCUUUCCAAAUCUCCUCCCAUCUUAAGCAACUCCCUGCCCCAAGAGUGAGGCAAGGAGGUCUAGCUUGGGGUCACGUGGGCCCACGCUGUGUCCCGGCCCCGCCUCCCGUCCCCCCUGUCGUCCCCCUGUGCAGGGGGUUCUGUGGGGGUCUUGUGUCACAGGCUGCACAAAGACUUUCCUCAAACUAAUAUUCAGGGAUUUCUGUCCUGCAGGGUGGGGAGGUGGCGGCUGCCUGCCCUGCCGAGGAUCUUGCUGUGGAUGAAAUAUCUGGGGGCUAGGGGGACAGCUGUAGCAUCUGCUGGCAUUCGCGUGCCUCCCAGGACCUGGGAGCUGACUCUACAGAGAGGUCUGGGUGCCAAGCCAGGCACCUUCCUGAGUUCUCAGGACUCCCACCCCUGCCCCAAGGGCUUUGGGCAGGGACCUAAAGGGGAAAGAGUCCUGGAUCCAUCUUUAGCCAAAUCACACCCCAGAGCCAGAGGCCUGGGGACCUCCUUGCCUUCCCCUUCCCCUACAGCAAGGUCAACACUACUACGCCUUAGCCACCCCUCACCCUGCUGACCGCGCCUUCCCUCUGCAGCACAGGGCAGGCAGCCACCUAUCCCCCACAAGACGGAACCCAGGAGGGGAGUAGAGGGCACCGGGGAAUGCUGUGAGGGACUUUAGGGUGGGCAAACGCAGAAGGGAGCCAGUGUCGCCCCUACCCCAUCCCACAGCCAUUUUUCUCUCGGGUUCUACCCACCACUGUGUCGGAUUUUUCUUAAAUAAAUGGAAGUGGUCAGACUGGAGGUGGGGGCAGCAGCUCCCAUGAACAAACAGUA